AUGUAUGAAGACCGCUAUCCCGAAGUCGAUUCAUUGGUCAUGGUCAAUGUUCGUCAGAUCGCAGAAAUGGGUGCCUAUGUUCAUCUGCUUGAAUACAAUAAUAUUGAAGGCAUGAUUCUAUUGUCAGAACUGUCCCGCCGUCGUAUUCGCUCAAUCCAGAAAUUGAUCCGUGUUGGUCGUAACGAGGUCGUUGUGGUUUUGCGUGUGGACAAGGAAAAGGGUUAUAUUGAUUUGUCCAAGAGAAGAGUAUCUCCCGAAGAAGUUGCAAAGUGCGAAGAGCGAUACAACAAAUCCAAAUCUGUUCAUGGAAUUGUUCGUCAUGUUGCUGAAAAAUUGAAUCUGCGUUUAGAAGAUCUUUACACUCAGGUGAUCUGGCCACUUUACAAAAAGUUUGGACAUGCCUAUGAAGUAUUCAAACUUGCGCUCACCGAGCCAGAGACUAUUUUUGCUGAUUUUGAUCUUCCCUUGAAUGUCAAGAGAGAAUUAAUCGGAAAUAUUCGUCGACGGUUGACACCACAAGCCAUCAAGAUUCGUGCUGAUAUUGAAUGCACCUGUUUUGGCUAUGAUGGAAUCGAUGCCAUCAAAGCUGCGCUUUUGGCUGGUGAAGCCUGUUCUACUGCAGCAGUUCCAAUUAAGAUUAAACUUGUUGCGCCUCCACUCUAUGUUAUGAUCACUAACUCACUAGAAAAAGUAGAGGGUGUUGAGACCAUGGAAAGAGCAAUUACCACCAUUGAAGAGACGAUCAAGGCGUCUAACGGUAGCUUGGUUGUCAAGAUGAAACCACGUGCAGUUAGUGAAACCGACGAUGCAGAGCUUGCACAACUUAUGGCCAAGAUGGAGCGUGAAAAUGCUGAAAUUUCUGGAGAUGAUGAUGCCGAGAAUGAUGGCGAGGACGAUUAG